AUGGCAUCCUCAACUCGUCGCUCGGGUCCUACAGAAGUAAGAGAACAAGCAAAAGUAUCUGCUGCACGAUCAAAUCAAGGUGCAGGUCAGCCUCAAGAAAGGACUACUAAAGGCAACUCAGCCAGUGCACCUAGGAAAGUCAAAUUCAACGUUGGUCACACAUACCAUGUCCUCGACGUCAUUGGAGAAGGUGCAUAUGGAGUGGUAGCAUCUGCAGUACAUAGACCAUCAGGAACAAAAGUCGCCAUUAAGAAAAUAGCACCUUUUGAUCAUUCAAUGUUCGCUUUACGUACUUUGAGAGAACUGAAAUUACUCAAAUACUUUGCCGAAGAAGGUGUCAGCGAAAACAUCAUUUCAGUACUCGAUAUUAUCCGACCUGCAUCGUAUGAUAGCUUCAAAGAAGUAUACUUGGUACAAGAAUUACUGGAAACGGACUUACAUCGAGUGAUCCGUACUCAGGAUCUUUCAGAUGAUCAUUGUCAAUAUUUCCUAUAUCAGACUUGCAGAGCUUUGAAAGCACUUCACUCAGCGGAGAUCAUUCACAGAGAUCUCAAACCUUCAAAUCUACUCUUGAACGCAAACUGUGAUCUGAAAGUAUGUGAUUUCGGUUUAGCUAGAUCCACUCAAACCUCUCUUCCUGAUGGUGCCAAUCAAGGAUUCAUGACUGAAUAUGUCGCUACUAGAUGGUAUAGAGCUCCGGAAGUUAUGCUUUCCUUCAGAAUGUACACAAAGUCGAUCGACGUGUGGUCAGUAGGUUGUAUCUUAGCUGAGAUGUUGAGUGGUAAACCUUUAUUCCCUGGAAGGGAUUAUCAUCACCAACUUUCUCUCAUUCUGGACGUGCUCGGUACACCCACCAUCGAAGAAUUUCAGGCUAUCACCUCCAAGAGAUCAAAGGAAUAUGUCAGGACUUUGCAAUUCCGUAAACAAAGAACGUUCCAAUCGUUAUAUCCUAAUGCUUCCCCUGCGGCCAUCGAUUUCUUGAGUAAGACGUUGACUUUUGACCCAAAGAAGCGUUUCACUGUGGAACAAUGUCUUUCACACCCUUAUCUUGACGCAUACCAUGAUCCAGAAGAUGAACCAUCCGCCAAACCACUUGCACCCAGUUUCUUCGAUUUCGACAUGAUGAAAGACGAGAUCAGUAGGGAAGAAUUGAAGAGAUUGUUGUUCGAAGAGAUCAUGACUUUUGGUAGUACAUCCGGAAAUCAAUGA